UUCCGUUUCUCUUGGUGGAUAGACGCCGAAGUGUGCACAUCAAUUCUUCCAACAUUGUGGGAGUCGCGUGCAUCCUCUGAAUUUGAUAAACUACUGUGAACACUGUGAUAGUCUCAUUGGCCGCGUGGGCCUCGAGUUUAUUAAUUUUCCGCUAAAAAAACGUUGAAAUGGCCACCGAGAACACAAAUAAACCCGACUCUAAACCGCCGCAGGAGAACAAUGAUGAAAAUAACAUGAGACCCGGAGGCGGAGGACAAGGCGGCGGUGGUGGCGGCGGCGGCGGCAGCGGAGGAGGCGGUGGUGGCGGUGGAGGCCGAGGUGGAGGUGGCCGUGGACGGAAAAAUUCACGAUUUUCUGGUGGUCGCGGCGGUGGACAAGGAGGCGGUGGUGGAGGGCCACGAAAUGAUAUGCAGAUGAAGAUGAGUGAGUCCAUGAUGGAGGGGAACAUGAUGGACUCGAGCAUGAUGCAGGAUAAUAAGGAGAGAAUGGGAGGGAAUAAUGGACCCAUGGGCGGACGAGGCGGUGGUGGUAUGCGUGGCGGCGGACGAGGUGGUCGCGGCGGUGGUGGAGAUCGAGGCAUGGGGAAUCGGUCACAAGAUGAUCGAAUAAUGGAGAAACUAAUGAGUCUCAAUGGACCAACUUUCGAGCUUCCCGCUCAGGAUACAACAGAGAAGAAAUUUAGUGGGCGAAACCGUCUCUAUGUUGGAAACCUCCCCAACGACAUCACUGAGGAAGAGAUUACAAACCUGUUCACUCCAUUCGGUGAAAUCUCUGAAUUGUUCGUCAACAAGGAAAAGAAUUUCGCUUUUCUACGAAUGGACUUCAGAGCUAAUGCCGAGAAAGCAAAACACGAGUUGGACGGUUUGAAAAGGGGAGCACGAGCAAUGAAAGUGAGAUUUGCCCCUCAUUCAUCAGCGAUCAAAGUAAAGAAUCUCACACCACAUGUAUCCAAUGAACUUUUGGAGAAAUCAUUCAGCGUUUUCGGUGACAUCGAGAGGGCUAUUGUUGUCGUUGAUGACAGGGGACGUCCCACUGGGGAGGGCAUCGUGGAAUUCGCUAAGAAACCAUCAGCACAGAACGCUAUUCGCAAAUGCACAGAGAGCUGCUUCUUCCUCACUGCAUCACUGCGACCAGUCGUGGUAGAACCAUUUGAGCAGCAGGAUGACAUAGACGGUUAUCCAGACAAAAACAUCCAAAAGAAGCCAGAAUACUACAAAGCCCGUGAUGUUGGCCCCAGAUUCGCACAACUUGGCAGUUUUGAACAUGAGUAUGGUACUAGAUGGAAGCAGCUUCAUGAAUUGUACAAACAGAAGGAGGAAGCCCUCAAGAGGGAGAUGAUUAUGGAGGAGGAAAAGUUGGAGGCUCAGAUGGAGUUUGCAAGAUACGAGCAUGAAACUGAACUGCUUCGAGAACAAUUGAGAAUGAGAGAGGCAGACCGUGAACGCCAGAAACGUGAAUGGGAAAUGAAAGAGCGUCACGCUGAGGAACAGAGGUCACGUGAGGAGGAAGUCAGGAGACGUCAACAAGAGGAGAUGACACUUCGUAUUCACCGACAAGAGGAGGAAUUGCACAGACGUCAGCAGGAGAAUAAUUUGUUUAUGCAGGAACAAGCAAUGAGAGGCACUGGUAAUAAGAACUACGAUGCCGUUCAGAAUAAUGAUCGUGACGCUUACAAUGGUCCUGACGGUGGAAACAACUUGCCAGUGGAUCCAAAGUCAUUUAUGGAUGCAUAUAACAAUAUGGACCGCGCAACUCGCGGUGGGGGUUACAAUGACGACCGUGGUGGACCGAUAAUGGAUUUGAUGGAUAUGAGGGUUGAUAUGGGCACCAUGGGUAGUAAUCGUGGAAACAGUGGUGGUGGUGGUGGAAAUGCAGGUGCAGGAGUCUGUGGCGGUGCUGGUCGUUGGCAGGGUGCUAAUGACCGUAACCGCCAGGAAGAUUAUCCUAACAAAAGGAGACGCUACUGAAUAAUCAGUAUUAGAAUUUAUUCAUUCUUAUUUCAACAAAAAAUAACAGACCAUUGAAAAUCUAAAUCCCUCCUCACACGAACAAUCAAUUGAAGUUAUUUUAAUCAAUCGACGUUUUACUUCACCAAUAAUUUUACGACAGAAAAUUUUAAGAAUAGGAUGAAGUAACGAGUGAAGUACUGCUCGGUACUGUUAAUUCAAUCUUAAAUUAUUCUAACCCCGUGAAGUCUUCGAUACGAAACAAGAACUUGAAACAUUUCGCUUUCAUGUGAGGAAUAUUCCUAUUCUGAUUUCAGUUGUAUUUCUUCGCACAAUGAAAGCAUAUACUUAAGUGCUUAUGUAUAUGAUAUUCAAGCUAAUCCUCGAUUGUAUUAUUUACAAUUAUUUGAAAAAUUGUUCUCUGUAGCCAGUAGAAAACGUCCUACCAUGAAUUUCCAUAGAUUAUUAGGGCUUGGUUUACAAUUAGUGUAACCAUUAAAUCCUUCAGUUGCAAUAUGGAAAUUAUUUCCCACUUACUCCGAAAAUUCACUAAAUUUAAUCAUUAGUCUUUCCAUAUCAGUCCAUCUUGACGCACUUUUCCACGAAUAAUAAUAAUAAUAAUAAUAAUUGUUUAAUUUAAUGAAUGACUUCAUCGUUUCUUUUCACUUAAAUCACAAAAAUACUAAAAUUAUUGAUGUAUUUACGAUACUAAGGUAUUUGUCUACGUAAUAUUUAACAUAAGUAAUACGAGUUUCAGCCUGCAUGAUUUCCCAAGGGGAAUGUACUAUAUCAUAUGUGGAUUGAUGUAUAUCCCUAGGGACAUACAAUCGCAUAUGAAUGUGGCAGAUGGGUUGAAUCGUAAAAAUCAACUCCAGAUUUUCUUUUUCUUAUUCAGAAAUGAAUAUAGAGGGCUGAAAUGGGAAUGUUGAUUCUAUUGAUCAACGUUCGUUAAUGUCUGUAUGUGUGAAGUAUCUUAAUCAUAUAGCAUAAUUUUCAUGAAUAAACAUUUUGAAAAGCAUUCGCCCACUUGAA